AUGACAGAUGCUGCACAGAAUCUUGAAGACGAAGAUGAUGAAUACCUCGAUGCGACUAUAGAUAUCGAUGAGGAAGACAGCGACGAUGAAGAUGAUGAAGGUUGCGAUGAAGACAACAUCGUUGCUUACCCGAAUAGCCUUCACGACUGCAUAGUCGCCAAACAUGGUGCGCCGUACAUAGGCUACAUACCCGGACUGAAGCCUGGUCAUGCCCUCUUCGAACGCCAGCAACACGCCGUGAGAGCCGCUAUGCAGUCACUUGCUGGCCCAUUCAAGGGCAUGAUCCUGGGAGAUCCUCCGGGACUCAGAAAGACCUUGGUAGCGCUCGCAGUGGCUACCUCGUCUGGAAGUCCGGCGAUGCCCCGUCGCCCAUUGUUGCACCUCUGUCAUGUUGACGCCAGCGGGUGGCUGAACUUGAUGUGUUCUUUCAAGGCGCAAGAUAGAUCACAAGGCCAACAAAUAUCAGUCAAGGGCAUCGGCGACUGUCAUGAGGUGAAUCGUGUCGCAAGGUUCCAGGACGCCGUCGAAGAUUACAAGGCAGGGCUGACGGCCGUCUUCCCAAAGAGACCCAAGCUGGUCUUCCUUUCUGGUAGUCUUGAGUCGGGCCCAUACAGCACAUGGGGUGAUGGCUAUGCCCUCCUGAGUCUACUGAAAGGGCAUCCUAUGACCAGCUUCCAGGGAUUCCAGAAGAUCUUUGGAGAAAGUGGCGGAAAAAGCCUUCGGUUUCCUACAGGGAAGUACCUCAUCCGGUACAUUCAGGUGCUCGACGCAGCCAGCUACAUGAAACCAAUAUCCACUAUUCAAGAUUGCCUUCCACCCAGGACUGACAUUGUGCGACACUUCGCUCUCGACUCAGACGACAGAAAAAAGCCCAAUCAUGCUUUUAUGGAAUUCAAACAACUGAUCUUGCCAAGGAGGAUGAACAACAAAUCACAAAGCAAGAAGUCGCGAGGCAAAGCCCCGCGACACAUGAAGAAGGACGAUGCUGCAGGUUGGGCACACCUCAUCGAAGCUCAACAAUACGCAUACCAUCCCAUGCUGGUAGAGCUCAAGCUAGCGCACAAAGGUCUGAUGGAAAGCGUGAGACACGAGGACACCGACGGCGCUCUUCCUGAUGACGCUGACGGCCAAGCUCUUGCACAGGCCGCCGAGUGGUGUGAAUUGUUAGAGCAGGGUCGCAACUCGCAUUCACGACGUGUCAAGAUGGUACUUGGUACCCCGGUCAUCAAGAAGGUAUCCCAACCUGUGCUUCCGCAUGCCCUACUUGUCAGUCGGGGUACUGGUGGUCAAGGCCUCAACGUGCAGUUUGCAAACGUCGUCAUUCGAUGCGGGCCUUGGUGGAAGAACGCGUGGGAAGAGCAAGCAGCUGGACGAGUUCAUCGACCAGGACAGCGGAAGCUCACCUUCGUUUACGAACUCAGAGCCCAGGACUGCGCCGUGGAGAAGAACGAGAUGGGGGUACAAGACAAGAACAGGGUCAACACUCGUAUCCUUUCUGCCAUCACUAGAGACGGCGAUGGUGAGCCUCAUCAACGAGGCACUCCACUGCUUGGGCUGGAUCAGGGCGAGGAUUAGAACCGAGGGCCUGGACGAACCGUAAAGCUCAUAAGAAGCAUGCUAUCAAU